UUGAAUCGCGCACAUCAAUUAUGUCAAUUGUCAAGCUUUUGCAAACUCACCGCAAUGAAUUUGUGGCCUCGUUGGCAGCCACCUUGUGCUUGUUUAUGGUCAUAACCACCAACGCGUGGACCUCGCCGGCUCUGCCCAAGCUCCUUGCGGACGAUUCACCAGUGCCGAUCACCGAAGACGAAGGCUCUUGGAUUGUGGCCAUCCUGGCGAUCGGUGGCCUUUGCGGACCCAUCGUAGCCGGAGUUACGGUGGACCGCAUUGGACGGAAAUUCACCCUUCUGGCGACCUUUGUACCGGUGGUGAUCGGAUGGACGCUCGUGGGACUUGGCGAUGCGGUUGGAUACCUGUACGCGUCUCGUUUUCUAUUCGGGCUUUCGUAUGGGACGGCUUACUCUGUGUCUCCGAUAUAUCUGGGGGAAAUCGCAUCGGACCAGAUCCGGGGCACCGCCGGAACGUUCAUCACCGUAAUGGCCAAACUGGGCUACAUGGCAGUGUAUUGCAUUGGACCGUACGUCGAGUACUACACGUAUGCCUGGAUUUCGAUGGCUGCUCCGGCGAUUUUUGUCCUGUGCUUCUUCUGGAUGCCGGAGUCGCCUCAUUAUCUGAUCGAAAAGCAAAAAGACGCCGAAGCCGCCAAGUCUCUGCGUUGGCUACGACGAAGGUCUUCGGUGUCUGAGGAAAUCAACGCCAUUCGGACAUCGAUUCAGCAGGCCAGUGCCAACCGAGGUUCGUUCCGGGAACUAUUCGACCCCCAGUACAGAAACAACAUUCGCAUCGUGCUGGUUCUGGUGUUUGCCAUGCAGUUCACCGCACUGCUGCCAAUUCUCAGCUACGCCCAAACCAUUUUCGAGAAGAUUUCCAUCGAACUCAAACCAGAAGAGAUGUCCAUUGUGCUAGGAGCAGUCCAAUUCCUUGCAGUUCUAUUUCCAGCAGUAUUGGUAGAUCGUGUCGGUCGGCGUCCUCUGCUGCUGAUUUCAACCGCCGGAGCCAGCCUGGGAUUGCUCGCAGCUGCGGCAUACUUUGCAGUUGAAACUGCGGACAACAUCGACACAACAAGCCUCGGUUGGCUGGCGUUCGUAGCCCUGCUGCUGUUCAUCGUGUUCUACGGCUUGGGGCUCGCCACAGUGUCCUUUGCCGUGCUGAGCGAAAUCUUCCCGGUGAACAUUCGGGCUUUUGCGAAUGCUCUGUUCACGAUACUGAGUGCGCUGGUGCUGUUCGUGAUGGUGAAAGUGUUUCAACUGACGCUGGACAACGUUGGGCCGUACCUGCCGUUCGGGAUGUUCGGCGUGUUUGGUCUCAUUGGAGGUGCGCUGAUCUACGCGUACAUUCCGGAAACCAAAGGGCGGUCAUUGGACGAGGUGCAGCGGAUUGUCAGUGGGAAACGGGUGGAUUGAUCCGUUCAUACAAUAAUUUGUCGUUAUUUAUUUGCCGUAAGGAAAAGAAAAUAAAAUAACUGUUCUUGACGAACAACUUCGUCUAAGGGCUCUACACGGGGUAGCAAUCCAAUCCGCCAGAAGAUGAAUAACCAAUUCCCACCUCGGGGCGUGCUAUUUAAGUAUGUAUCUAAAGUUCUUCGUCAUGAUGGUUAUCCUUGUAGCAUUAACA